AUGGCCGAAACGCAAACCGGAAAGCGCGUGAAGUACCUUCAAAGCGACAAUGGGGGUGAAUACAAGUCCGACAAGCUGGCACGAUUCUGCGCGGAACGGGGAAUACAACAAAGGUUCACACCUCCAUAUACUCCUCAGCUAAACGGAGUAGCUGAGAGAAUGAAUCGCACGCUGGUCGAGUGUGCGCGUUGCAUGAUGGAACACGCUGGACUGGGAAAGAGCUACUGGGGUGAAGCAGUGAUGACGGCGAUGUUUCUUCGAAACCGCUGUCCAACACGUGCCAUUCACCAAGACAAGUCUCCAUAUCAAGUGUGGACGAUGAAGAAACCGAUUCUGGCCAACCUUAAAGUGUUUGGAUGCCACGCGUAUGUUCAAGUGCCUCAAGACAAACGCGCGAAGUUCGACUCCAAGUCAUCACUCUGUCGUUUCCUGGGAUACGCCGAACACCAGAAGUCAUAUCGAUUUGAGGAAGUGUCAACAGGAGCGAUCAAGAUCAGUCGCGAUGCCACAUUCAUGGAAGACAAGUUUGAUGAAGGUCCGCGCAACUACAACGAUGAGUCAAGUGUCGUUGAGUUUGAUGAUCAUGAUGAGGACGAAGAAAAAGAAGAAGGUAAAACUGACGACGACAUGGACUCGAGCGACGAUGACAACGAAGACACCAGGUCUUCGAAGAGCAACAUCAAGAGACACACGCGCACUCAAUCACUUGAGAAAGCUACCGUCAUUCCAAGCCCCAAGCGAAGAACAUACAGAGGUCCGUCGCUUGAGCAUGUUGGGGAAACGCCGACUACAUUCAAGUCGGCGAUGGAAUCAAGUGACUCCGGCAAGUGGAAAGAAGCGUGUGACUCGGAGUUCGAUUCGCUUCAGAGAAACGACACGUGGGAAAUCGUGCCUCUUCCGAAAGGUCGCAAGGCCAUCGGGUGCCGAUGGGUUUUUCGUGUAAAGGAGAAUCAAGAUGGCGAAGUUGAACGUUUCAAGGCAAGACUUGUGGCCAAAGGAUUCUCACAGAAAUUCGGAGUUGACUAUGAAGAAACUUUCGCACCGGUGGCCAAGUUCACAUCGAUUCGUGUGGUGCUCAGUAUGGCGGCUAAGUACGGCCUAAUGCUACAUCAGAUGGACGUCAAGACAGCGUUUCUUAACGGCUCCCUCAACGAAGACAUCUACAUGGACCAGCCGGACGGAUACCUGGAUACAACACAGCCGGACUAUGUGUGCAAGCUAAAGAGAUCACUCUACGGCUUGAAGCAAUCGCCUCGCAUGUGGAACCAAACAAUCGAUGGGUUCAUGAUCAAGAUGGGAUUCAAGAAGUGCGAAUCGGACCACUGCAUCUACAUCAAGCGAGACGACCAAGACAUGAUUCUCGUGGUGCUCUACGUCGAUGAUCUCAUCCUGGCCAGCAGCAACAACGAACUCCUCAAGUCAACCAAGAUAGCGCUGAGCAAACGCUUCGAAAUGACGGAUCUCGGUGAGCUCGAUUACUUUCUCGGCAUGGAGAUCAAGAACGACCGUAAGACGGGAAUGGUGACUGUACAACAAACCAAGUUUCUCAAGUCCGUGUUAACCAAGUUCGGAAUGGAUAACAGCAAGCCAGUGAAGACGCCUCAAGAUCCCGGCCUGAAGCUAACCAAGAACAUGUGUGAACAAGAAUGCAAGCACGAAGACACCAUGUGCAACGUGCCAUAUCGAAGUGCUGUCGGAGGCAUCAUGUAUCUCAUGGUCGCCACACGUCCGGAUCUAGCUGCUGCAGUGGGAUCAUUAUCCCAGUUCUCGUCCGACCCAUGCCCGACUCACUGGCAAGCUUUGAAGCGUGUGCUGAGAUACCUGCAAGCAACGCCCAAUCAUGGUCUUGAGUUUACACGUGAAGAAGGAAGCCGUAUCUGCGGGUACACCGACGCAGACUGGGCCGGCGACAUUGAGUCAAGACGAAGUACAAGCGGCUAUGUGUUCAUGAUGAGCGGAGGAUGCAUCAGCUGGAAAAGCCAGAAACAACGGACGGUCGCGCUAUCUUCAACAGAAGCAGAAUACAUGGCGCUUUCCGAAGCAACCAAAGAAGCAGUAUGGCUCAAAGUGCUUUUGGGGGAACUUGGUGAGAUGACAAGCGACGAAGCGAUCAAGAUAUAUGAAGACAACCAAGGAUCAAUCGCUCUCGCCAAGAACCCGGAGUUCCAUAAGAGAACGAAACACAUCGACAUACGCUACCAUUUUGUACGUGAGAAGGUGGAAUCAGGUGAAGUCGUUUUGGAGUAUUGCCCGACUCAAGAUAUGCUGGCAGACAUGAUGACCAAUCCGAUCGCCGCUGUACAAUUUGAAAACAUUCGCGAUCGACUUGGGAUCCAAGGUGCCGCAGCUAACGAGUCGAGAGGGAGUGUUGAAAAGACAGCGGCUGUGAAGAAGACACCUCGUCAAGCUGCGUCAAGUGUUGAAGCAAGUGGAAGACCAAGCUUCGCUAUACCGGUGGGUACCGGUAUGUACCAGUAA